AUGGCUGGUAGAAAUGAUUGUGCGAUUGCUGAUGCCCUUCAAGCGUUGGCACAAGCUGUGAGUAACAAUAAUAGGGCUGAAGUCGCUCCUAACUGGUUGGAGCAAUUUCAACGAAAUAAUCCACCUACUUUCAAAGGAGGAUAUGACCCAGAUGUUGCGAUGAAUUGGCUAAUGGAGAUCGAGAAAAUUUUCAAUGCCAUGGAGUGUCCUCUCGCUCAGAAGGUGAGGUUGGCUACCUUCAUGUUGACUGCUGAUGCCCAUUUUUGGUGGGAAGGAGCACUUCAAAGGAUGAUUGAUGGAGGAGUGCAAUUGAAUUGGGACAACUUCAAAAAGGUCUUCCUUGAGAAGUAUUUCCCGGAUGAUGUGAGGAGUCAGAAGGAAGUUGAAUUUCUCGAGCUGAAGCAAGGGAAUGAUACAGUGGCAGAGUUAGGGAGAUUUAUCACUACCCGACGCUUAUCAAACAAGAGUAGAAUCUACGGCCGUGACAACCGUGCACGUGCUGUUUUUUACAAGGGAGCUGGAGGUCCUAUGCGUGCUGCAAGUUCUAGUGCUCUAGGUAAGAGUAAGCCUUACUCCGCUCCUGCCAAGAUUCAAGGAAAUCAUGCUAAGAGUAGAUCUGUGGCUGGAAAUUCUUUCGUAGGUGGUGCUGCUAAUGUAGGAGGCUCUGUUUCUACACCUACUAGUCGAUGCAAGAAAUGUGGGCUACGUGGGCAUGAGCACUAUAACUGUCCUGACAAGGAAAUAACAUGUUUCAACUGUAAUGGCAAGGGUCAUAUUAGUACUCAGUGUCCACAACCGCCAAGGCAACGCAUGAUGGGAACAAGAGCUAGUUCUCAACCUAAGCGUCCAAAAACUACUGGAAGAGUAUUUGCUCUUAGUGGUGCUGAAGCUGCUCAGUCUGACAAUUUAAUACAAGAAGCAGUAGAGGUGGCAGAAGCGCCGGUGGCAGAAGCGCCGGUGGCAGAGAGUUGUAACGUAAUGGAGUUGGUUCCAUGUGCUGAUGCCUUCACCUCCAUAACUCCACCUUCACCAGAGUGUUGCCAAAGACUUAAGGAGCAACCACCACCAUGCAUUUGCCUGUAUAUGAAUGACCCAACCCUCAAAGGUUUCAUCAACACUCCCAAUGCCAAGAUGGUUAGUGACACUUGUGGCUCCCCAAUGCCAAACAAUUGCUAA